UGUGGGUUUUACGCGGCGUGCCCGCUCGUCCCUGACUGCUCCGUGUCGGACCAUGAAGCAUGGUUCGGUGUUGCUGCCGGGGACGGACGGCGGCGGCGCGCCUUCUGACACAUGUUGGAAAUGACAGCUGAGAAAACUGGACUGAACCUCGGGGAUCAUAAAGGCAGAAGAUAGCAGAGGAAUUCGUGCAUUACAACUAAUCACUUCACUCUGCUGCUCCGAGACCCGACGAGCUAAUGACACGGUUGUAGAGAUGGAGUCCCUGAUGAGUGCGGUGACACCACGCUCCCCAGUGCCUGCCAAGAAGGUGUCAGAGGUGGAUUUCCGCUCGGGAGCCACCCUGGAGCAGCUGUCUGCACAGGUGUCAGAGUUGGUGCUGCUGGAGCAGGGGGACUUUGGAGACCAGACCGCCUUAGAGGUCCACACGGCCAAGGACUUCAUCUUCAAUAUGUUAGGCUUAGUCCAGAAGGUGGACCAGCGUCUCCCAGUGGCCAACGAGUAUCUUCUGCUGUCAGGUGGAGCCCGGGAAGGCGUGUUGGACCUGAACCCAGAGGAGCUGGGUGAUUAUGCUAAAGGCGCUGACUUUGACCUGGACUUCACCUUGCUGGUGCCCGCUUUGAAGCUCCACGACCGCAACCAGCCGGUGACGCUGGACAUGAGACACUCGCCACCCUGCCACUCCUGGCUCAGCCUUCGUCUGUGCGACUCCAAGGUUUUGUCUCGCUGGAGUAUCUGCUGCCAGGAGGAGAAUGGAUUCCUCCACGAAGAUGAAGAGGAGGAGCAAGAACUGGGUAAAGGCUCCAUCCCCUCCCUGGACUCCCCGCAGUCUCUGGACGGAUGCUACUUCUCUCCUACCCUGGUGACGGACUGGUUCUGGGGCGUGGUGAGCGAAGCCGUAGAGGAGCUGCGUCGUAGCCCCCAGAGAGGUAUUCCAACGCCAGAACGACUGGAGAGGAAUGGGCCCCUUGCCACUAUUAUCCUACAGGCGGGCUCCAGCCGGGUGCUGUACGACCUGCUGCCUGUGGUGUCUUUUCGGGGCUGGCCUGCUGUGGCGCAGGGCUGGCUGACUGCCAACCACUUCUGGGACGGCAAAAUCACAGAGGAGGAGGCCAUAUCUGGCUUCUAUCUGCUGCCCUGCUGCUCGCCACUGGGUGGUCGGCCUGACCGGGAGUGGAGGCUGGCUUUCUCACGCAGCGAGGUUCAGUUAAAAAAAUGCAUCCCCUACCCGAUGGCGCAGGCUUUCCAAGCUGCUAAAGCCAUGUUGUCUCGCAUCCUGUCCCGCCCACGUAUGGGCGUCAGCCUCUACCAUCUGCGCACCCUCCUCUUUUGGGCCUGUGACCGGCUGCCUGUCUCCUAUCUGUCCUGCCCUGAUCCAGAUACUCCCAGCCGCCUCCUCUUGGGUCUCCUGGAUGACCUUGCUCACUGCAUUUUGGGGAAAAACUGCCCAAACUACUUCCUUCCCCAGUGCAACAUGUUGGAACAUCUGACCGACAGCCAGGCGCUCCUCGUCGCCAGGAAACUGGCACAUGUCCGCUCGGACCCCAGCGAGCACCUCCAGGCGGCUCUGAACCAGGCCCAGCAGGCGGCCCAGCUGAAGAAGGAGCUGGCAGCUGGCACUAAUGGCCACAGCUCCCCGGGGCAUCACCCGGCGAACGGCAUCAUCUCCCCCUCAGAGGACAAGCUGGCGCAGCGGCUGCAGCAGCUGGUCACAGAGAACCCGGGCAAAUCCAUAUCAGUCUUCCUGAACCCGGAUGAUGUCACCAGGCCACAUUUCCGCAUUGACGACAAGUUCUACUGACGUGAAGAUGCUGCCGGCGGAGGAACACAUCAAAGGGAUGGAAAAUCCAGCCCACUGCUGCCGUUUACCAUCAUGAGGCUGAAUUCAUUAAACAAAGCCUUUGCUGCUCGAAACACUCUUCAAACUAAAAACAAAACGAAACAUGUCCGACUACUGACGGGGGGGCAUGCCCCCACAUACAAACACUACCACCACCACAGAAACAACAGGCGAGAUGCUACCAAGCAAAUCUCCCACUCCUAACAAGCUGGCCUUAAUGAAACUAAUCAGCUGGUGCUUGGCCAGCGCUCGUCACGUGAACUAGGUCCCGCUGAGAUCACCACACAGUGUCAACGUGAGCAUCAGUGUUUUUUUUGUUUUGUUUUGUUUUUCCUUCCCAAUGAUUCUUGUUAUCUGGGCUCUGAUUGGACGGCGCGAUUUCGGAAUGAUAAAGGAACACGCGACGUGGCUGACGUAAUUGAAUGUCAUGUCGGGAGAACUGUCGAGUCUUUGAACAAAGAGGCUUUUUGCUCUUUCAGUUACAUUUUAGCCUCGUGUCAUCUUUUGUCAUCGUUUAAGGUUUUCUCAGGUAAAUUAUUCCCUUUUUAAAGGUCUUGUCUCUUGUUUCAGAGGCAGUUUGUCCGACGUACUCAUUUUCAAUAUCUCAUCGUGUUGGAGCAAACCAAAAAUUGUGAAUUCUGUUUCAACGAGCCGAACAAAGUCCCUCAAUGACACAUUUUUAUAAUCCGCUCGUUGAGCUUAAUCAAUCAUGAUCGUCACGGUUUGCUUUUUCGUUUUCUGAAGCAAACUCUUCCUCCCAUUUCAGCACUUUUACUCGAUAAAUACGUCUGUGUUCUUCACAUAUGAUCACUUUAUUUGUUCUUUAAGUACGGUGGUCAGUAGGGGCCACAGCACAUUCAAAUAAAGAAUUUUAUUUGAAUGUGCAUAUAUUCAUCAACAUGUAGUUGCGUCUAAAAAUAUUUUUCAAAUUUAAAAACGUUUGCAACCACAGAAUACAAACAUAACCUGCUUAACAUGGAGCGGUUUAAUGUGACGUGUCUGCUGCAAAUUCGGACAACAAGCAUAAACACAAACGGAACAGAACACAACAGAACUUUCUGUCCGGAGGACUUUAAUGGACUUCAACUCUUCAGUGCACUCCGAGUCCUCCAUGCAGAACCCCCUGUUUGUGAUGAGUCCUUCUCCUGUGCUGUUGGUAUUGUAAAGCUUUGCAAUGCGUUUCUACUUUUGGGUGCAUUGUGUGAAUUUGUUGCAGGCACAAGAGGUGCUGCAGGUUAUAUUUGUUUGUGUUCUGUGUUUGUCAGCUUUUUAAAAAUUUUUUACACAAUGUUUUUUUGGUGCACCUGCCUGUUGAAUUGAUGCAGAUGUUUUUUAAUUUGCAUUUGUAUUUACUGCUUUUGAUAAUUUUGUCUUUUUGGAAGUGUUGAACCCACCGUAGUUAAGAAUUUCAAAAACUCUAAAACCUGUCUUUGUCAUUUUAAAUAUGGAAUUUAAACAAAAACACAGGCACAGAAUUCUCAGAGGAUCCAGGUUAGAGCGAUUAUUGGCAUCAGGUUUUUCGCAUUCCCGUAAACGAGCUCAGUAUUCUUGCGCCUUUGUCAUUUUGGCCUGAAUAUAAAGUUUAGAAUUAAGUAGAAUCAGGAUUUUUAAAAUUAUUUUCUGAAAUAGUUUUCAGAUGAGUAGAAAGCAUGACAUUUCAAAAUACUUUGCUAUACUACACAAAAACACAAGGCGCAGUUUAAAAUAAUGAAAAGGUGCAUUUUUUUUUUUUUGGUAAGUGUUUUGUUGUUUUUUUUUCCACAGCAGGUGGAUGUCGCUCUCAUCCUGAGAAUAAAUGUGCAGCGAGCAGACCAGCCUCUCAGGCCCGAGACAGCUGCCGCUGUGACACUCCUCUCAUCUUCUAGCUUUCAUGCGCCUUCAUUUUUCUCCCGCUCCCCAUCUGGACUAUAUUUCUGUCUUCAGGUUCUGGAGGUCCGGAGGAGGCUGCAGGCUUGUGGAACUCCUUCAGCUUAAUAUUGCCGUUAAUAAAGCUAAUGUCCUUGCUCCUUAAUUACUGCGAUUUAAACAAUGUACCAACUCAUUGAUGAAAGGGAGUGACAGAUAAACUUGGAUCUGGCAGGUUCUUGCUACACUUUAUCGCUGCGUCCGGCGGUGGUGUAAAAGGCAGGGUACACAAAGCUACAAGCACACGAUCAGUUUCUCGUUUACAUGCUCGAAAACGCAUUCACUUGUUCUUUCUGCUGAGCUAAAGGUUGCUUGCAGAAUGUUACUUGUCAAAACAUUUUGCGUGCUUACUACUGCCUUUUUGUGUGUGUGUGUUUUCGUGCACGACUGUGUGUGUGUUUGGAAUGAAUGUGAGAAAACCAAAGCAUGUUUUUGAGUUGGGGGGAGGAUUCUGGCAGGUGAAUUUCUGUUCAGCUGCCAAGAUUGUGUGUUUUCAGCACUUUUCUGAUUGUAGAUUUACAAAAAAAAAAAAAAACAAUAACAGGAAAAAAAAUGACAGCACAGUUGCAAUAUCAUAAACAUGUACAGUAGAUAGCGACACUUUGCUAAUCAUUGCCCCCUGUCUUAAAGGGGUCAUAUUGUGAAAAACUGUUUACAAUUAUAAAUGAGUAUGGUUGGGGUUUUACAUUAAAGUACAAAAAAAUGCGUGUGUUCAUACAGAAAGUCAUCUGCUAUCAGCAAAAUUUCAUCUUGAAACAGCUCCAUUUAGACUUCACGUAACAUAUUAGGACUACCGUUUUGAACUUUCUGAAACACACCCACCUGGUUGUUGCAACCCCUGUUAAAAUGAUCAUAUUUACUGUAACUAAUUAGUGUAGCGCCAUUCCAACAACGGUCACUAGUGUCAAAAUUAUUACCACAGCAGUCAAAAUCGCAUGGAAAAGUGAUUAUCGAAACCCAGAUGCUUGUAUUCAACAUUCAUGGUUUAACAAGCAAAGUUAGGCCAUCAAGUUCUUAGGUUUAUAGGUUUAUUGUGAGAUAAAUCAUUUUCUUAAUUAUUACACUAAUUACAGUUGCAGUUGAAUUUCCUGUUGGCUGUCAUAAUGACUAACUCAGCAGUGGUUUGCAGCAGAGGAGGUGCUGGAAGCACCACGCACAGAAAUGCUUCAUUUCUUGGUGAUCUGUUGAUUGUUGUUGAAGUCUCAUAUUUUUAUUAUCUUUUAAAAUAUAUAUGCUCUGGUAAUGACCCCUUUAAUGUUUGAGACAGCAAUGUGUCAGGCGUGUUUCUCACUUUUCCCCUUAGCGGGCAAAGUUAGACAUGAGUGGACUUAAGUUUUGUUUUGUUCUGAUGAAAAUUGAAUCGUACAUUGUGCUCUUUUACCAUCAUGUUUCCUCGAUAUGCAAUCAUCCCCUUUGUGGAAGAACAACAUGCUGUUUACAGGCACCACAUGGAACACAAACAUCGCUCGUGUCUCUCUGUGCUACUUUUAUUUGUAAUCAAUCAAACCUGCGCUGAAACCUCCGGCGAUUCUAUUUAAGAUGUGCGAUUACUGCUGUGGAAUGUAUCCACCUUAUCUUACAUUCACCCCAGGCCACAGAUGGAUUCUGGGAUAAAGAAUCUCUAUUCAAUCCUGUUUGAGGAAUUUCAUUUCACAUCUCAUAGCUUUGAAUUUUAUGCUUUUAUUCUUUUAAAUAAGUGCAAAUAAGUUCUCUGUAACACUGAUUCUGCUGUAUUUGUUUUUUUUUAAAUGGUUUAUAUUGAUUCAAGCUUCAGCAUGAAAUAAAUCACCACUUCAUUUAUCAAAA